AUGAAUACUCCUUUUGAUUUGGUUGGUUCUGUUUCUCCCGGUAGAGAUUCAUGGCGUUUCAAAGUGCGUGUUGUUCGCUUAUGGAGUGUUUCUGCUUUUUUGUACCUUGAUCAGGUUAACUCGAUUGAGAUGGUGCUGAUUGAUGAGAAGGGGGCUAAGAUUCAUGCAACUAUUCGCCGUCAACUACUCUAUUUGUUUGCUUCCAAGGUUGCUGAAGGGAAUGUUUAUAAGAUGUCUUAUUUCAGUGUUAUGCCAGAAUCUGGUUUGUAUCGUACAACCACACAUCCAUACAAACUGAUGUUUGAGAUGAAGACAAAGGUUCAGAUAUCUGAAAGUAGUAAAAUAGAUCUAUAUGGAUUAUCUCCCACCUCUAUUGAUGAAAUUUGUGGCUAUGGACCUGAUCAUGACUUUUUAGUUGAUGUUGUUGCUUUGAUUACUGGUGUUACUGAAGAAAGGGAGUAUGUACGUGAUGGAAAGGUUUGUAAGAUGAUUGUCCUUGAGCUGUCUGAUAAGAGUGGGAAGUGUGGUUGUACAUUGUUUGGUGCUUAUGCUAAUCAGCUUAAAGAUUUGCUUGCCAAGAAUGAUGUUGGAUUGCCAACUGUUGUGGUUCAGUUUGCCAAAAUAAAGAUGUUUGCAGGUAAAGUAUCAGUUCAAAAUGUUAUGAAUGCUACAAAGAUUCAUGUUAAUCCUUCCAUCCCUGAAGUUGUUUCCUUCAAGCAAGCCAUGGUUGUUGAUGGUGCUGAAACUUCUGUUUCCAUAGCUCAUAUUGGUCAUCCUAUUAAGCCAUCUUUUGAAGAAGAGUUUUUGUCCAAGUAUCCUAAGACUUCCAUAGGUCAUUUACUUGAGUUGGCUAAUGAUGGUAUCUAUAUAGUUAGUGCUGUUGUUGUUGGAUUGGUUGAUGGUCAAGAUUGGUGGUAUCCUGCCUGUAAGUGUCAUAAAAGUCUUACUCCUGACUCAGGGAGUUUCUUUUGCAAGAAAUGUGACAAACAUGUAUUUAAAAUGGUUCCAAGGUUCAGGGUUAAACUGAUGGUUGAUGAUGGGACUGCUGAAUGUGUGUUUGUUGUUUUUGAUGGUGAUAUGAAUAUAUUGGUUGGAAAACAUUGUCAAGAAUUGGUUGCUGGAGCCAAGGUUUAG